UCCCCUUUCUGCCCGUGAGGAACGCCCCGGUCGACAUAGAAGGAAAAUUGUUUGCUGAAUUUCUGCACAGCCCUCCUUCCAAUUGCUGGAGAGAGAGGGGGAGUGAGAAAGAGAGAGAGUUUAAGGCAGGCUCUGCACUGGUGUUCUGGGCUAUUUCAACUUCAGGGCAACUUUAGAGAACUUCAGUUAUUUUUGGUUCUGGACGACAGCUGAGACCGGCCGAGCCCCCUGGAGAUGCUGAUGCCGACGCAGAUGCAGAGGAGGAAGAUUCUGUUAAUGAAGUGGCAGUAGAAGAUAUUCGUCCAAGGCCACAAGGAUCCUCUCCAGUUUAUGAGUAUCCCAUAGAAGAAGACUAUUUAAAGCUUCAAGAAGAAAACAAAAAACAUUCUACAGACAAAUCAAAGCAGAGCCAUCUGCAGGAGACAAUGGAAGUGACCCUGAAAACAGAAGUGGAAGCUGGAGCUAGUGGUUUUAGUGUGAAAGGUGGAGGAAAUGAAGGAAUAUUUAUUAAGAAAGUACUUAAGGAAUCUCCUGCUUCAAAAAUAUUUAGUCUUAGAGAAGGUGAUCAGCUUCUAAGUGCUACAAUAUUUUUCGAUAAUAUCAAAUAUGAAGAUGCACUCAAGAUUCUCCAGUAUUCCGAGCCAUACAGAGUCCAAUUCAGCCUCAAAAGAAAAAUUGCCGUGCAAGAAGAUCUGGAGCACUCUACAGCCCAGCACAAAAAGGAAAGGAUAGGCCAGGAAAAAGAACUCAGUGAGAGCAUUCCUGAAGAAACACCUCAUGUUUCAGGAAAAUCCAUUUCAGAAGAAGACAGGGAAACAUUAAUUGUAAGCCAAAGAGUAGGAAGAAGUAAGAGACCUAAAAAAGAUAGAUUAUCAUGGCCAAAAUUUCAAUCAAUCAAAAAUAAAAAGAUAUUGAGGCACAGAAGAUCUCAUAGUACAUCAGAUGCAUAUGAGCCUGCUUUGCAGGAUAUUUCCCCUACAAGCACGGACACAGAGUCUCAAUUUCCACAAGAGGUCCAUACCAAAGAGAAAAAAGGAAGCCAAAGGAAGCUGAAGUUCCCAAGCAUUGGAUUCAGAAUGCACAGGUCCAAACCAGAACCACAAGAGAAGCAAAGAAAAGAAAUAAAAACGACACUGAUCUCUGAAAGAGAAAAAAUACAUCAGUAUGAUAUAAGCCUGGAAAAUCCUGAAAUUUUAACUGUUGAAUAUACCACAUCUCCUGCUUAUGAAAUGAAAACAGGGGAGGGACAUGAAACUUUAACAAAAGAUGUAAAAGAAAUGAAAAAUGGCAUUCCGUCUCAUGUAAAACAAUGCCCUGAAGUUGAAAUAAGCAUUAAAAAAGACAAGGAAGCAACAUCAAAAUUUAGUGUACCUGAAGUAGCAGACAUAACUACAGACAUACCAAAGCCUAGUUUAGAAACUGCUGAUCUGAAAGUAAGCCCAACUAAAAAAUCACCACAAGCCUCAUCAAAAUCCCGAAAAAAGAAACAGAAGGGAACAGCAGAUAAAAAAGAUGGAGAAAGUGGAAUCAACAUAGACUUGAUGGGUCACAGUACUAAAGGAUCUGUACAGGUAAAAGGCCUAGAAAUUGGCACUGCUAAAGCAGAAUUACAGACAUCUGAAACACUGCAAACAGGAGAAAAAAAAGCAGAAGAAGACACACAAAUAAUAAAUAUUCAGAAAAUAAAUUACGGAAUUUCAGUGCCCAAAAGAAAAGAGACAGAGGCUGACACUACCAAACAGAGAAGUGACGUUCCACAGUCAGUACAAGAAAAAACAGCUGAUAUGACUUCAGAGGACAGCAGGAAUGUCACUGGGAAAACUCUUAUGCCAGAUACAGAAUCAGACGUAUCUACUUGGAAAAUACAAAUGCCAUCAUUCAAAGUGGCAAAAGCACCUAAAACAGAUAUAAAAAUAACAAGAGAAGAAAGCAAAGAGGACACAGAAGACAGGGUAAAAAAGGAAAGGAUGGAGGAAGAUGCCAUUCCCACAAAUGACAAAGCCUUAAACAUAGAAAUUGGAAUGAAGAGAGGAGAAAAAGAUAUAGAGGGCAAAGAAAGCAAAUUCAGACUGCCAAAGUUAAAAUUCCCAACAUUUACCUGGUCAAGUGCCAAGGAAGAAACAGCCCAACCUGAAGCACAAAUAAGUGAUAGAGAAGUAAAAGUGCAAACCCUGGAAAUCACGGGAGAACCUCAGGUAAGUGGACCACCAGAAAAAAUUACGGUACCAACUGCUGAAACGAAAGUAGUAAUAUCCAUAGGAAAAAUAGAUGAAAAUGAUACAAAACAAAAACAUGAAGGCCAGAUGCUGAGUCCGAAAAAAACAAAUAUAAAAUCAUCCCCAGUGGAAAGGAAAACUGAGGACACAAAAGGAAAAAUGUGGAUUUCAAAAACAGAUAUUGAAAUAGAGAAAAUGGAGUUCAAUGAAAAAUCGAAAGAUGAACUUUUAGAAAUGACACCACCAAAUAUCAAAGCUCCAGAGGUGGACAUCAGUCUGCCCUCCGUCGACGUCACUCUUCCACAGGCUAGCGUCGACCUGCAGGCGCCUGAGGCCACGAUGAGCCUUGAAGGGGAGGCCAAAGUCCCAGAGAAGGAGGCCGCCAAGACCAAGGACGGCAAGUUCAAGAUGCCCAAGUUCGGCAUGCCUUCCUUUGGCUGGUCCAGCAGCAGAGAGGCCAAGGGCACCGUGGCCGCAGAAGUGGACGUCAGCCCCCCCGAGCCCCAAGUGACGGUGCCUUCCGGAGCCACUGAAGUGGAGGUGACCCUGCCCGCGGCCGAAAUCCAAGCGCCCGGUGUGGAGGUGACCAUAGAGACGGCCACGGUGGAAGCGGGGGGAGAGAAAGGAGGAUUCAAGAUGCCCGACGUCAAGAUGCCCAGCAUCAAGCUGCCCAAAAUGAAAGCUCCCCAGGCACAGGUCAGCCUGCCCAAGGCCGAGGUCUCGCUGCCCAAAGCCCCGGAGGGUGAUGUCGCCCUGCAGGGCCCCGAGGCCGAAGGCAGCCUGGAGGUGGCCGCAGGCAAAGCAGAAGGUGGCGGUAUGAAAAUACACAUGCCCAAAGUCAAGGUGCCCAGCGUGGUCUUCUCCAAGCCCACCCUCAAGUCUCCCAAACUGGAGGCAGACAUCAGCCUCCCGCAGGCAGAGCUCAAGGCCCCAGACAGCGACAUCACUGUCACAGCCCCAGAUGACAAGCUGCCCUCUGUCGAAGGCUCCCUGGAGCUCCAGGCGCCUGACGUAGACCUCAAAGCGCCGUCUGCCGAAGGCAAGCUGGAGCUGGAAGGCACGGGCCUGAAGGGCAAGCUCAAGAUGCCCAAGUUCGACAAGCCCAAAUUCAAAGUGUCCUCGCCCAAGGGUGAGGUGCCCACAGCUGAGGUCAGCCUGCCCAGCGCUGAGGUUGAGCUCCCCUCCGCCACCGUGACAGCUGCAGGGGAGGGCAUCGGUGUGAAGCUGGAGAAGCCCUCCCUCAAGAUGCCCAAAGCUGACAUCAAAGCUCCCAAGGUGGACAUCAGCAUGCCCUCCGUCGACGUCACUCUUCCACAGGCUAGCGUCGACCUGCAGGCGCCUGAGUCCACGAUGAGCCUUGAAGGGGAGGCCAAAGUCCCAGAGAAGGAGGCCGCCAAGGCCAAGGACGGCAAGUUCAAGAUGCCCAAGUUCGGCAUGCCUUCCUUUGGCUGGUCCAGCAGCAGAGAGGCCAAGGGCACCGUGGCCGCAGAAGUGGACGUCAGCCUCCCCGAGCCUCAAGUGACGGUUCCUUCCUGCGUCACCGAAGUGGAGGUGACCCUGCCCGGAGCCGAAAUCCAAGCGCCCGGUGUGGAGGUGACCAUCGAGACAGCCACGGUAGCAGCGGAGAGUGAGAAAGGCGGAUUCAAGAUGCCCGACGUCAAGAUGCCCAGCAUCAAGCUGCCCAAAAUGAAAGCUCCCCAGGCGCAGGUCAGCCUGCCCAAGGCCGAGGUCUCGCUGCCCAAAGCCCCGGAGGGCGAAGUCGCCCUGCAGGGCCCCGAGGCGGAAGGCAGCCUGGAGGUGGCCGCAGGCAAAGUGGAUGUCGGCGGUAUGAAAAUACACAUGCCUAAAGUCAAGGUGCCCAGCGUGGUCUUCUCCAAGCCCACCCUCAAGUCUCCCAAUCUGGAGGCAGACAUCAGCCUCCCGCAGGCAGAGCUCAAGGCCACCGACAGCGACAUCACUGUCACAGCCCCAGACGCCAAGCUGCCCUCUGUCGAAGGCUCCCUGGAGCUCCAGGCGCCUGACGUAGACCUCAAAGCGCCGUCUGCCGAAGGCAAGCUGGAGCUGGGAGGCACGGGCCUGAAAGGCAAGCUCAAGAUGCCCAAGUUCGACAAGCCCAAAUUCAAAGUGUCCUCGCCCAAGGGUGAGGUGCCCACAGCUGAGGAUGAAGUUGAGCUCCCCUCCGCCACCGUGACGGCUGCAGGGGAGGUCACCAGUGUAAAGCUGGAGAAGCCAUCCCUCAAGAUGCCCAAAGCUGACAUUAAAGCUCCCAAGGUGGACAUCAGCAUGCCCUCCGUCGACGUCACUCUUCCACAGGCUAGCGUCGACCUGCAGGCGCCUGAGGCCACGAUGAGCCUUGAAGGAGAGGCCAAAGUCCCAGAGAAGGAGGCCGCCAAGACCAAGGACGGCAAGUUCAAGAUGCCCAAGUUCGGCAUGCCUUCCUUUGGCUGGUCCAGCAGCAGAGAGGCCAAGGGCACCGUGGCCGCAGAAGUGGACGUCAGCCUCCCCGAGCCUCAAGUGACGGUGCCUUCUGGAGCCACUGAAGUGGAGGUGACCCUGCCCACGGCCGAAAUCCAAGCGCCCAGUGUGGAGGUGACCAUCGAGACGGCCACGGGAGCAGCGGAGGGAGAGAAAGGCAGAUUCAAGAUGCCCGACGUCAAGAUGCCCAGCAUCAAGCUGCCCAAAAUGAAAGCUCCCCAGGCGCAGGUCAGCCUGCCCAAGGCCGAGGUCUCGCUGCCCAAAGCCCUGGAGGGUGAAGUUACCCUGCAGGGCCCCGAGGUUGAAGGCAGCCUGGAGGUGGCCGCAGGCAAAGCAGAAGGUGGCGGUAUGAAAAUACACAUGCCCAAAGUCACGGUGCCCAGCGUGGUCUUCUCCAAGCCCACCGUCGAGUCUCCCAAACUGGAGGCAGACAUCAGCCUCCCGCAGGCAGAGCUCAAUGCCCCAGACACUGACAUCACUGUCACGGCCCUAGACGUCAAGCCGCCAUCCCUCCAAAGCUCCCUGGAGCUCCAGGCGCCUGAUGUACACCUCAAAUCGCCGUCUGCCGAAGGCAAGCUGGAGCUGGAAGGCACGGGCCUGAAAGGCAAGCUCAAGAUGCCCAAGUUCGACAAGCCCAAAUUCAAAGUGUCCUCGCCCAAGGGUGAGGUGCCCACAGCUGAGGCUGAAGUUGAGCUCCCCUCCGCCACCGUGAUGGUUGCAGGGGAAAGCACCAGUGUGAAGCUGGAGAAGCCCUCCCUCAAGAUGCCCAAAGCUGACAUCAAAGCUCCCAAGGUGGACAUCAGUCUGCCCUCCGUCGACGUCACUCUUCCACAGGCUAGCAUCGACCUGCAGGCGCCUGAGGCCACGGUGAGCCUUGAAGGAGAGGCCAAAGUCCCAGAGAAGGAGGCCGCCAAGACCAAGGACGGCAAGUUCAAGAUGCCCAAGUUCGGCAUGCCUUCCUUUGGCUGGUCCAGCAGCAGAGAGGCCAAGGGCACCGUGGCCGCAGAAGUGGACGUCAGCCUCCCCGAGCCUCAAGUGACAGUGCCUUCUGGAGCCACUGAAGUGGAGGUGACCCUUCCCACGGCCGAAAUCCAAGCGCCCGGUGUGGAGGUGACCAUCGAGACGGCCACGGGUGCAGCAGAUGGAGAGAAAGGCAGAUUCAAGAUGCCCGACGUCAAGAUGCCCAGCAUCAAGCUGCCCAAAAUGAAAGCUCCCCAGGCGCAGGUCAGCCUGCCCAAGGCCGAGGUCUCGCUGCCCAAAGCCCCGGAGGGUGAAGUUACCCUGCAGGGCCCCAAGGCUGAAGGCAGCCUGGAGGUGGCCGCAGGCAAAGCAGAAGGUGGCGGUAUGAAAAUACACAUGCCCAAAGUCACGGUGCCCAGCGUGGUCUUCUCCAAGCCCACCCUCAAGUCUCCCAAUCUGGAGGCAGACAUCAGCCUCCCGCAGGCAGAGCUCAAGGCCACCGACAGCGACAUCACUGUUACGGCCCCAGAAGUCAAGCUGCCCUCUGUCGAAGGCUCCCUGGAGCUCCAGGCGCCUGACGUAGACCUGAAAGCGCCGUCUGCCGAAGGCAAGCUGGAGCUGGAAGGCACGGGCCUGAAAGGCAAGCUGAAGAUGCCCAAGUUCGACAAGCCCAAAUUCAAAGUGUCCUCGCCCAAGGGUGAGGUGCCCACAGCUGAGGUCAGCCUGCCCAGCGCUGAGGUUGAGCUCCCCUGCGCCACCGUGACGGCUACAGUGGAGGGCACCGGUGUGAAGGUAGAGAAGUCGUCCCUCAACAUACCCAAAGCUGACAUCAAAGCUCCCAAGGUGGACAUCAGUCUGCCCUCUGUCGACGUCACUCUUCCACAGGCUAGCGUCGACCUGCAGGCGCCUGAGGCCACCAUGAGCCUUGAAGGGGAGGCCAAAGUCCCAGAGAAGGAGGCCGCCAAGGCCAAGGACGGCAAGUUCAAGAUGCCCAAGUUCGGCAUGCCUUCUUUUGGCUGGUCCAGCAGCAGAGAGGCCAAGGGCACCGCGGCCGCAGAGGUGGACAUCAGCCUCCACGAACCCCAAGUGACGGUGCCAUCGAGAGCCACUGAAGUGGAGGUGACCCUUCCCACGGCCGAAAUCCAAGCGCCCGGUGUGGAGGUGACCAUCGAGACAGCCACGGUAGCAGCGGAGAGUGAGAAAGGCAGAUUCAAGAUGCCAGACGUCAAGAUGCCCAGCGUCAAGCUGCCCAAAAUGAAAGCUCCCCAGGCGCAGGUCAGCCUGCCCAAGGCCGAGGUCUCGCUGCCCAAAGCCUCAGAGGGCGAAGUCGCCCGGCAGGGCCCCGAGGCUGAAGGCAGCCUGGAGGUGGCCGCAGGCAAAGCAGAAGGUGGCGGUAUGAAAAUACACAUGCCCAAAGUCAAGGUGCCCAGCGUGGUCUUCUCCAAGCCCACCGUCAAGUCUCCCAAACUGGAGGCAGACAUCAGCCUCCCGCAGGCAGAGCUCAAGGCCUCAGACAGCGACAUCACUGUUACGGCCCCAGACGUCAAGCUGCCCUCUGUCGAAGGCUCCCUGGAGCUCCAGGCGCCUGAUGUAGACCUCAAAGCGCCGUCUGCCGAAGGCAAGCUGGAGCUGGAAGGCACGGGCCUGAAAGGCAAGCUCAAGAUGCCCAAGUUCGACAAGCCCAAAUUCAAAGUGUCCUCGCCCAAGGGUGAGGUGCCCACAGCUGAGGCUGAAGUUGAGCUCCCCUCCGCCACCGUGAUGGUUGCAGGGGAAAGCACCAGUGUGAAGCUGGAGAAGCCCUCCCUCAAGAUGCCCAAAGCUGACAUCAAAGCUCCAGAGGUGGACAUCAGCAUGCCCUCCGUCGACGUCACUCUUCCACAGGCUAGCGUCGACCUGCAGGCGCCUGAGGCCACGAUGAGCCUUGAAGGAGAGGCCAAAGUCCCAGAGAAUGAGGCCGCCAAGACCAAGGAUGGCAAGUUCAAGAUGCCCAAGUUCGGCAUGCCUUCCUUUGGCUGGUCCAGCAGCAGAGAGGCCAAGGGCACCGCGGCCGCAGAAGUGGACGUCAGCCUCCCCGAGCCCCAAGUGACGGUGCCCUCAGGAUCUGCCAUUACUGAUGUGACAUUUUCUGACUCUGAGAUCCAAGCGCCCAGCUUUGAUGCUCCGCUUGAUUCUUCCUGUGGUAAAGGGGAGGACAUUGGCAAAUCUAAAACUUCUGUAUUUAGAAUGCCUAAAAUUUCUCUUUCUAAGACUUUCAAACCUCAUGCUCAAAGCCAAUCUGGAUGUGAUGUUUCUGUUUCAGAAACUCUUUGUUAUUCUUUAACAGAGGAUGCUUCUUCUGUACCUUCUGAGAGUGUUGAACCUAAGCGUUUUUCUGAUGUUAAGGGGGAGAGUGUGUCUAAAAGUACCAAAUUCAGAGUUCCUAGCAUUGGUUUUUCUAAAUCUGAAGUGACUUCAUCUAAAAUUGAUCUGGAGUCCUCAUUACAAAAGGGGGAUGUUACUCUUACUAAAUACCAAAUUAAUCUAACAGAAUCAGAAUCAAAAUUAGCUUCUCUUGGUGAUGAAAAUCUUUCAGAUUUUGAAGUUUUAGGUGAAGAUGGUUCUGAGGAGCAAGGAGGUUUUAAGCUAGAGGGCAAAACCACAUCUGCUGAAAUAUCUUUGGUUGACACAGAGGUCACAGUUAAAAUUCCUAAAUUCCGAAAACCAAAAUUCAGAAUUCGAUCUAAGGGAAAGGCAUCUGAAGGUGACAUUGGUUCCAACGUGCAAUCUGACAUUUCCAAGGGAAGGAUAUCAUCUGAUAUGACUGGUCCUGAUAUUGAAAAAACAGCUCAAAUUUCUGAUCCCCAUCUUGGUGUAAAGUUGCAUAAACCUUCACUUGAAGUUGUUCUGGAUGCACCAACAGUGGACCCAAAUCUCUCACCCAUGGAGGCUACCUUGCCCAACUUAGAAGCAGAAAUCCGUGGCCCAGAUUUAGAGUGCAAGGCAGAACAGGAAGUAGCUACAGGAGAAAAGGGUACUGAGGAGAAAGAAAACAAAUUUAAAUCAUCAAAAUUCAAGCUGCCUUCAUUUAGGUGGUCACCAAAGAAAGAAGCUAUUGCUCCUUCUCCUGUUGAGGAACAUCUGGAAGGACCCACUUUGUCUACCUUAUCUGGAGACAUGGGAUCUGAAUUAACUUUACCUACUCCUGAGAAUCAAUACACUCAUGAAGAAUUUGAUACAACAGAAAAAGAUGGUGAAAAGGCCAAAACCAAGAAGUCCCAAUUUACCAUGCCAAAGAUCUCAUUCCCUAAAAUUAAGGGUCAGAAAGUACAGGUCUCUCUGCCUGUACUGGAAACUGAUGUUUCUGGACCCAAAGAAGAAAAAGAAGCUGUUUCUGUUCAGAAAUCUGAGAAAGGAAGUAGUGGAGAAGUUGCAGGACUGGGCAUAAAAGUGCCUAAAGUUACAGUCCCACCUUCAGAAUUUUCCAAACCAGAAGCCCAAGCUCCCAAAGUAGAGAUGCAUAUUAGCAUGCCUACAGGUGAGGUCAAAGUUCCUACCUGUGAAGGAGAUGAUCUGACUCUGAAAUCGGCUGCUGCUAAUGCCAGCCUCUCCACCUCAGAUAUUAAGAUGACACCUGAAGGUUUGCUUGAGGUGAAGAGUCCUGACAUAAGUGUUGAAAGAAAAUCAAGUGAAAUUGCUGUGGGUGAUGUAGAGAUAAAAGCUGAAGGUUCUGAAGCGAAAACAAAAAUGUCUAAAUUCCAAAUGCCAAAGGUAGGAAUUACACUUUCUAAAGGGAAAAGGUUGGAAAAGGAUGUUGGCCAAUCCAAAUCAGAAGUCAAGGUUCCCCAACUAAAAGCAACAGUAGAAAUAUCUGACAUUGCUGUUGAAGCACCAGACUUGAAGGCAGAAUGUGGCACAGAAAAAAGGAUUUACAGCCCUGAAGCCAAAAUUACCAAAACUGACAGUAAGACAUCAGAGGCUGAUGUUCACCUCCCAUCAGCUGACAUCCCUUUUCCAAAACCAGACAGUGAUAUUCAGGAUUCAGAUGCAGCAGUAACGAUCAAGGGGGAAAUAAAGCAAGAUGGAGAAGGAGAAGAGAAGGAAGGACAUUUCAAAAUGCCCAAAUUCAAACUUCCGUCCUUCAGUUGGUCACCAAAGAAGGAAGCAAGUGUUAAAUCUGAUUCUGGAGCAAAUUUGGAAGACCAAAAGCUUGCUGUCGUGUCAAGCAGAAUAGACACAGAAGUGAAAGAAACUGCAGCUGAUGAUCAAGGUAGUGGGGCAGACCUUGAUCUGGAAAUAUCCUCAGGAAAAGUUGAACAAAAAAGUCCAAUUAAAAAACCUCAAUUUGUCAUGCCUAAAAUUUCACUCUCCAAGAUAAAGGUUCCAAAAUCUCAAAAAGUUGAAGUUGAUGCUACUCUUCCUAAAACAGAAAUAGAGGGUGAUGAUUCUAUUAAGAUACCUGAUAUAGAAAAAAGUCAUCCUGAAGGGACUGAAGAAGGGGCACAAAUCAGCAUAAAACUGGCUGACACUAGAGUCCACACUCUGGAGUUUUCCAGAGUAGAAACUGAAGCCUCUAAAACUGAAAUAACAGUCAGCUCAGCAAAGAUUGAUGCUUCUUUGACUCCCUCAGAGAGGAGCUUUCAACAGGUUGACUUAAAAAUAAGUUCUGCCAAUGAAUGUAACAUUCAAAAAACAGGUACUAAGCUCCCCAAAGGAGAAGCUUCAGUUGAUUUGAAGAGCCCUGAUAUACUAACAGAAAGCUCAUCAGUUGUGGAUGGAAGAAAAGUGAAAUUGGAAGGUCCUGAAGGGAAGAUUAAAAUGCCCACGUUCCAGAAGACAAAGUUUGGAAUCUCCCGAAUAAAAGGGAAAGUCCCAGAGACAGAGAUCAGCUCUCCAAAAAUAGAGGCUGAGCUACCCCAACUAAGAACAACAAAUGAAAUUGCUGGCAUUGCUGUGGGAGUUCCAGCAUCAGAACUUAUAUCUGAUAUGUCAGAUCCUGGAGGAGUUGAUGGUAAGAUAAAAACACCCCAAGCUCUGACAGGUGGCAUUGAAGAUGCAAAGGUAGACAUAAGCACCCAGUCAGUGUCCAAACCAAAGACAGAGAGUGUUAGUGAGAGUCUUGAGGAGAAGGAAAUCAAACUAAAAGAACAUGAAAUAAAAGCUGAAGAAGUUCAGACUGAAGAACAUCAGGGAUGGUUUAAAAUGCCAAAAUUCAGAAUACCUGCAUUUGGCAGGUCAUCCUUAAAGGAACAAAAAAGUGAUGCCGAUAUUGAAAGAAGUAUGGAAAAAGCUCAGGCAACUAUUCCUUCUGCUAAAGCACAAACUGAAACAAGUGUUCCUGAAAAUACCUUCUCAUUACCACAUGCAGUUGCUGAAAUUACUAUUGGAAAAGAAGGGAUUCAAAAAUUAGAAGAUUCUGUGAAGAUGUCUAAUGUUAGCUUGCCAGAAAUUGAAGGACAUAUUUCAUUAUCUGCAGAAAGAACAGAUAGUGGAGUGAGUCUUCCAAAAACUGAAACUUAUGCAGAGGUAGUUAAGCGCAGUGCUGAAGGACAUACUUCAGAAAUCACAGUGUCUACAGCAGAAUUGUCUAAAUCAUACCCAAGUGCUUCAGAAACUGACAAAGCCAGGAGUUCAACAAAUAGGUUUCCUACGUGUACUCUGACGUCUCCAGAGCAUAAAGGCAAAUCACAGGAUAUAAAUGUCCAAAAAGUAGAAAGUUCUAUGAAAUUAGAGACAUCAGGGGUAGGAUGCAAGCCAUCAUCAGCUGAAAUUACUCUGGAUGCAACACAGAAGAAAAUAGAUGUUAAUCUUCCAAAGGAAGAGCUAGAUAUUCCAAACAAAGAGGCAGCAAUCAAAAAAGGAAAGAUAAAGGGCGAGGUGAAAAUUACAGGAAAAGACAGUGAAGAAAGUCAAUUAAAAAGGACUGUGUGUGAAUGGUCUACAACAAAAGGAUCAGAAGAUGGUACUUACGUUACUGCUAAACUGGAAGAUCUAAAGGUAGAAGUUCCGACAUUGAAGACGGAUGUUAAAAUUACUGGAGUAGAUCCUGAAAUGAAAUUUUGCGUGAAAAGUGUUGAAAAGGAUGUGUCUGCAGGAGUGGAAGUGCAAGUAGAAGACAGAGCAGAAACAAGUAAAAUUAAAGCAUACAAGUUUAAGAUUCCAAGGUUUGGAAUGUUGCAUUCUGAAAUCAAGGGGUUUGAAGAUGAUACCAGUUUGCCAAAGUCAGAAGCUGAUUCAGCACCUCAAAGUGAAAGAGACACUGCAGAAAUGCAGUUACAAAAACCAGAAGGAUUGAUUGGCCUGAAAAGUCCAGGUCUAGAUCAUAAAGAAGCAUCUGCCAGAAUAACAGGGGAAACAGUGGACCAAACACAAGGUGUCCCAGAAGUAAGUGUAAAAAUUCCCAAACUAAAAAUACCAAGAUUCACUUUCAGAACUCUCCCAAUUGAAGCUGAUGUUUUACUGUCAAAAGUAGUAACAGAUCCAAAGGGAUCUAGUACUGACAUUGAAAUAGUGCGACUGCAAGCAAGCUCUGCUAUCUCUGAAGAAACACAGGGAGCUGUAGAGGGGGGUAUUCAAAAAGCAAAAAGCAAAAUUUUGACACUGACUGAACCUGACAUUAAAACAGCACAAAUGACAGCUACCAUAGAGUCCUCCCUUUCAAGUGCAGGACAAGACAUUCAUUGGUCUUACAUAGAGGGCCAAGAAGUAAGUGAAAAAGUAGAACCUGAACAUGUUGCUAUUGAGCGGUGUGAAAUUUAUACUACUGAAAUACUGAAAGAAUCAGAGAUUCUGUCAUCAGAGGUCAAAACUGCUGCUUUGGGAUUCUCAUUGCUCAAGGCCAAGUUGCCUGAAUCACACAGUGAUUUAGAUGUGCUGGUCCAGCAGCCAUCUCCAACAGGAGAUGCAUCAGUGAGAAGACCUACAGGUGCUGGUGAAAGCUUUGGAGCAGCAGCACAGAGAACUGGCAGUGCUGAGCUUAAACUGUCUGACAAACCACACCAUGGGUCUGAAGAAUCUAGAGGAAAAGUAAGUUUGUCAAAGUUAAAAACAUCUGCUGCUGAAGUAAAGGGUUCCAGUAAACUUGAAGAGGGUUUUCCUGGUAAAUCACCAGAGGGAAUAACUGCAGCUCCUCUCUCUGAAGAUGAAGAUGUAGUUGAAGCAGUGGAAGGUGAAGAAAAAGACAUAACCAAUGAGAAAGAAAAGACUGAUAAUAAAAGAUCUCCUGGAAGAUUUAAAUUUUGGCUUCCAAGUAUUGGCUUUUCAUCUCCUGGGGAUGAAACAAGCACAGAUGCAAAAGCAGAAAUAAAAAAGUCAGUUCCAGAAGAUGUGAAACCUGCUGACACAUCAGAUGAUUCCUCUAAGCAGGCUGAAAAAGCUGGAUGGUUUAGAUUUCCCAAGCUUGGUUUCACAUCUCCUUCCAAAAAGGCUAAGUCUGUUGACAAAGAAGAGGUGGGUCAUAAAGAGGGGAGACUCUCAGAUGAAGAUAGCCCAACAGAUAAGCCAGAUGUGUUUUUUGAUGCACAAGAAAGCUUAUCACCUAAAGAAACAGGAGAAGGUGAAAAAGCUGAAACUGACGGGGCCUCAUCUAUUGUGACAUCUUCAGCAAGAACUGAGCUAAUCUUGUUGGAGGAAGAAAAAGAUAUUAAAUCUAAUAUUGUUGGAGAUACAGCCAAAUGAAGGUUGUAUUUUCUCAAUCCUGAAUGAAAACAAAAUCAUCCACAGAAGAGAAUGUUUUCCUAAUUUUCUACUAACUGAAAAUUAAAACCCAAGGUUGGUAUUCAUGAAAACACUUGAAUAAAUUUUCAAGUACAUGGAUGUACUAGAUUGUACACUAAUAAAAAUAAUAAGGGCAACAAUUAUGACAGGUGCAGAUGAGCCCAUAGGCUGAGCAAAGUCUGAGUAGAUACCAGAACCACGAAAGUAAAUCAUUGAAAGGCUGAAUGAUACCAAAAGACUUGUUAAAGAGGCUUCUCAAAACACACCAGUUAUAUUUGGAUUACAGAUUAUUUCCAGAAUGGGCUCUAAACUAGUAUUAUGCGAACUAUACUUACCUGUUUAGAUUUUGGAACUUUCUGAUCUACUUUUGCUUUGUUGUUAAAACAUUUUUUUCUUUAUUUCAGCUAAGGUAGUAUGUAUAUUCCACAAACAUUUUAAAAUAUAAAAUAAAAAUUAAAUAUUAGUGUAGAGAGAUUAAUGCUUUGCCUCUUCCACUCUUUUCAUUUUUUUAUUAUUUUGUAGAGAGACCAAUGCUUUGCUUCUUCCUCUCUUUUCAUUUGUUUUAUUAUUGUGGCAGGUCAUAUUUAGCCUUACAAUAAUUUAAAAAAAAGAACAGCAAAACCAAACAGAAUAAUUUCAAGACCAAAAACCACAUAACUAAAUCAUGUUUGUAAGAUACCAGAAUAAAACAUGCUUACAAAGAAUAUUAUUCAAAUGUGGAUAAAUAAAUUUUAAUGUAUAUACUUAUGGGAUAGUUAAAUGCUUAGAAUGAUCUGCCACACUGGUGGAAUUGCUUCAGAGAUUUUCUGAGAAAGGAGGUGUAUAUAAUUAUUUGCUCCUUUGUUUAUAUUAAUGCUUCUCUCAAGUGCACAAUGAAAACCAGGGGGCAUAUGUGACAGCCUUCACAUGUACCAUUAAAACACUGUCUGUAUUCUUAAUUCACAAUAAACUCACUAUAUGAAUAAUAA